AUAGUUGCCUAUGUUGCCCCGGUCUGUCUCUCCACAUAACAUCCAGAAGAUGGAAGCAGAGAUUAAAAAUAAUAUACACAUAACUUUUCAUUUUAACUUAUUAAACCAUUUCCGUUGACAUUAUAAACCAUUAUUCCGUUGAUAUUAUAAUAACAUUAUGUUAAGACGAAGACAAACUGAUGUUCCACAAGAAACAAUGAAUCAGUCCUCAUCAUUUUUGGUUCCAUCCCAGCAGACUGACGCGAACAGCUGGAGAAGGGAAAAGGGCUUGAUGUUGUGACACCCCACGUGUGUUCUGCACGAGAAUAAAUAGCACACACGGGCGAGAACACACGGCCGAGAGCACUUCAGCCUGUUAGACACAAAAAUGCUGAAUUUCAACGGGUUCCUGCUUCAGCACUUCGUGACCAGAUUUAAUUCGCGGGUGACUGACAUAAUGAUAUAAUGCGAAAUGUCUGGAUGACCUUCUCAUCGGAAACGCUGGGAAUGACAAGGUCUCCAGUUUUUCCAGUUUUACUUCAGGCAGCUGGAAUCCGCAAACAAUUAAGCGACUCUUAGGUGCAAACCGACACGGACGAAUGCCUUAAACAUUAUUGUCAUAAUUUGUCAUGAUGGACUGUCUAUCGCGCAGUGCUUACUGGCCUCUUAUUCGCUUUCUGCUGCCGCUAGCCAUUACUAAUAUAGCCAUCGAUUUCGGAGAACAGGCACUAAACAGGGGCAUCGCUUCUGUGAAAGAAGACAGGGUUGAGAUGUUGGCCAGCUAUGGUCUGGCAUACUCGCUUAUGAAGUUCUUCACUGGACCCAUGAGCGACUUCAAAAAUGUGGGACUCGUGUUUGUCAACAGUAAGAAGGAGAGAACAAAGGCGGUUCUCUGUAUGGUUGUGGCUGGGGUCAUUGCCAUCAUCCUCCACAUCCUAAUAGCUUACACAGAUCUGGGCUACUACAUCAUAAAUAAGCUCCACCAUGUGGAUGAUUCAGUAGGAAACAAGACGAGAAGGGCAUUCCUGUACCUCGCAGUAUUUCCAUUAUUAGAUGCUAUGGCAUGGAUCCAUGCUGGAAUCCUCCUGAAGCACAAGUACAGCCUGCUAGUGGGAUCUGCCUCCAUCUCUGAUGUUGUUGCACAGAUAAUAUUUGUGGCGAUUCUUCUCCAGAGUAAUCUGGAAUGUUUAGAGCCUCUUCUUAUUCCCAUUCUGUCUCUGUACAUGGGAGCUCUGGUGCGGUUCACUAUCGUGGGACUGGGUUACUACUGUAAUGUCCAUGACAACAUUCCUGAAUCAAGCAGCCUCGAACAGGGGGGCGAUGUCACCGUAAGGAAGAUGCUUAAGUUCUGGUGGCCACUUGCCCUCAUUUUGGCCACUCAGCGCAUCAGCAGGCCCAUUGUCAAUCUGUUUGUCUCUCGGGAUCUCAAAGGCAGCGCCGCAUCAACUGAAGCGGUAGCAGUACUCACAGCAACAUAUCCGGUUGGUCAUAUGCCCUACGGGUGGUUAACAGAAAUGCGUGCCAUCUAUCCAGCUUUCGAUAAGAAUAACCCUACUAAUAAAUUAGCCAGUGGUCUGACUGUCACCAAAUCACAUAUCAAGAGGUUCACACUUUGCUGUUUUCUCCUCUCCUUAACGAUGUGUUUCAUUGUAUUCUGGACCCCUCAUGUUUCUGAACGCAUCCUGGUGGAUGUCAUUGGGGUGGACAUGGCCUUUGCACAUCUCUGUAUCAUUCCACUGAGAGUCUUUUCCUUCUUCCCUGUGCCUGUUACAGUUCGAGCUCAUCUGACGGGCUGGUUAAUGACGUUGAAGAGAACUUGUGUGCUGGCACCUAGUUCAGUCCUGCGCAUCGCUGUGCUCAUCACCAGCCUUCUAGUGCUGCCUUACAUGGGAGUGCAUGGUGCCACACUGGGAGUGGGGUCUUUAUUAGCAGGAUUCAUGGGGGAGUCCACCAUGGUCGCAGUGGCUGCCUGUUACGUAUACCGAAAACAGAAGAAAACCCCAGAAGCAGAAAUGGUUGUGGAGGACAACUCUUCCCCGAUGAAUGAAAUCACCUCCAGGACAGAGUUAGAUGUCAUUGAAGAGGCUGAGAAUGAGCAGAUGGAAACAGAAGAUGAAUGAAUCUAGGAAUGAAAAAAAAGUGGAAGAUGCACAUUUUCCUUUCAUUUGCAGUACAAUGUCUUGGUUCUUUUACAACGAGAGUCUAACUAGUACUAGUACUUUAUCAUUAUAGAAUUAUUAUUAGUUUUUUUUUUUUUUACAUUUCUACAAUCUCUCCAUUACCCCAGUGGGACUGUCAGAUUGAUCGAUGCUUGUUUGGGGUAGUAAAAGCAGAUUUGCAUGUCUACAUGAACUGCACUCCUGCACUUUUUGCACUGAGGCAUAUUUACACAGAUGUCUUUCAAUGAUCCUGUUCUGCAGCCUGUUAACAUUUUUGCCAAAAAUAGACCCUUACAAUCAG